AUGUUCGAGCUCCUGCGGUUCAUUGAGGUGGCAACAAACAUUUCUAAAAAAAUAAAGAGAGGCGAGAUUCAUCUGCUUGAUUUCGUUUUUGACGUCAUGCUCCCAGAGGUGAGUAGAUCAAACUAUAUAGCUUGCUUUGAAAAUUGAUGAUAUUGUUAAGAGGUUGUUCUUAUUCAUUUGGAAAGCUCAAGAACAACAAUUAACCCAUACUGCAUAACUUCAAUUGUUCACAUUAUUUGACUGUUUUUCAGCUUUUGAUCAAAGCACUGAAGGAGCAUGGCAUCACCCGGUUCAGAGCAGAGCUGAUGAUGGCCUGUGGCAACGUGUUUUAAGCCCCCCACCACACCGACGGCAGUGCUGAAUUUUGUAUAUAUAUAUAUUCUUUUACUGUUCACAAUUUUGUUUGGAAAAAAUUAAAGAAAUCUUCAAAGCAGUUGUAUGACAAUUUCCCAUUUCUUUACACAGUCUGUAAUGAUAUCGCUAUUCAAUUGUUUUUGCUAUAUGGCUCUUCUGAACCUUAAAGAGAUCAUGUGACUUGUGUCUCUACAACUAUUGUAUACUUGGAUUUUGCACAGUCAAGCAAUCCUGAAGAGGUUCACCAGGAAGCACACCAUUUCAUAAAUUAUGUUCCUGGUUACACAAUAUUACUAAAGGAUGGGGGGAGUAAAUUUGUGCAGCAACAUAAGCACUCUCAUAAAACAUAAUUAUGAACAACAGAAAAUAUGUGAGGGUCAGGGCAACAUUGUUGACAUUAAACGAGGUCCUAAUAGGAGUGGAGAAACAAGGUCACAGAGAAGUUAAGAAACAUUGAUGUGCUGUGUAAUAAAGCUAUUGGAGAGAAAAGUUAGAAAACACUGUUAUAUGAUGUGUAACGAGAGGUUAAAACAGUCCAUACUUGUAGCAAACUCUUACAAAAGAAUUUGAGUAAGAUGAUAACUUCUACAUACAUUUACCUAUUCUGACAAAUUAUCAGAAUAUGAGGACAUCAGGCUAUAUAUACAUAUUACUGUAAACUUCAGAAUUAAAUCAGAACAAAACAGUUGUCAUAAUUAAUACAUAAACGUUUUAUUUUGAUUUUUAGCUCAAUAAUAAAUUUAAUUCGAUUCUUAUGGAAUGAACGGAGCAAAAAAAAAAGGAUCCGGCGACUAAAUCCGACUACCUGAAGUAUUUCGGCGCCGGAAGUCCGCCAACGAGAAAGCCUUUCCACCGGAAGUAAUUGUUUUGGGUCCGCCAAUCGGAGGUAAUGCGGAAACUUAUUGCGUUUUGUAAAUGUGGUUUUCUAUCUUUGGGUCCGCCAUCUUGCGCUGCAUCUGGUCACCUCUCGGAUGUUCAUACCAUCCACUUUUGGCCUGAGAAAACGAUAUAAAAACAAAGAAUCUUCUCUCUCCUCUGUGUGAUGUUCCUUCAAGAUUUGGUUUUAAAGAAUUCUCUUGAAACUUCUUUGCCACUUCUCAUGGCAAGGGAGAACCAGAUGGAAUAGGAGGAACUGUUAGAGAAACAGCAGACAUUGGCCCAAUCCCAAACCGCCCCCUGCACACUCGCCCUUCACUACUGAGUGUCACUCAUAAUUAAGUCACACUUGCAGCUGUGGAGUGCACCUCAAUUAAAAGGGGAGGGUAUAAAUAAGACGGGCGAGUAUGAGAUGCCCUCCCCACUCUGGAAAGUUCUUCCAGAAAACAGAAGAACUUGUCGCUAUGGCAACCAGGAGUGUCGUGCAUGGCUGUAGCGCUAUGGGACAGACUGCGAGGCGCAAGAAUCACUGCUGCCCGAAGAGGACUACAUUAUAGUACUGACCCCACACAAAAAGCUUAAUAAGAACCUACAUCGCUUCACUAUUAUCUUUAGCUAAUUAUUAUGCUACAUAGGUGUCUGCUGUGUGUAUGUAUGUAUAUAUGUUUGCUAAAUUAGGUCUAUAUAUGUUUGUAUUUAUGUUUAAUUUGUCCAGUGAUGGGAAAAAAAGUACAAUUUCUUCUAUAUGUUCACAAACUUUGCCAAUAAAGCUGAUUGUGAUUCUGAGGCACUGACACAUUGCAGUGAUGACAGACCAAAAUGUGCAUAGAUGAAGUCAAACUAAUAAUGUUAUACAUACCCUACAUAAACCAACGCAUGUCCCUUCUCUUCCCAGGAAGUCACAGUUCUGUACACACAGCUCAAUGCAGCUGUGCCUCUUCUGCUGACAUACAGGUGCCUGAGGCCUGCCUUGAAAAGACUUAAGGCUCACCUGGCAGUCUGGCACUUUUAAGGAGGCUGAUCUUUAAACAAUGGGAUCACGGCUGGGGUAAGGAGUUGGAGGUCCUGAUUUUCCUCUACAGUCUCGCACAUGGCCUUUCCCUAUCUGUGGUGGCUCGUGCCUUUGGGGUCCCCAAGUCCAGGGUACACCAGAUGAUCCACAGGGUUGCAGGCGAGAUCAAGGAGAAACUCAACACCAUGAUUUCCUUGCCCUCACCGGAGGAACUACCGAAAAUAUUCAAAGACUUCUGCCGGCUUGGCCAAACACAAGUCUUUGGCAGUGCAGCUGGUGCACUUGAUGGGUGCCACAUCCGUAUAAAACCACCAGGAAAUAUGCUUCGGGCAGACUGUUUAGAUUAUAAAUUGUUCUAUUCUGUCCAGCUGCAGACCAUCUGUGACGCAAAAGGAAGAUUUCUGGACAUUUUUGUGGGCUAUCCAGGAUCUGUCCAUGAUGCCAGAAUUCUUUGAAACAGCCCCAUCUACAAUCAGGCCCUCUAUCUGCCCCCUGCUUUCUAUCUGCUUGCAGAUGGUGGCUAUCCCUGCUUGGAAAAGCCAAUCACCAUUAUCACCCCCUACAAGCUGCCCCUCCAUGGACAGGUCCAGGAGCGUUUUAACCCCCAUCACUCCAGGGCUGUGUCUCAUUUCAGAGACUGCACCGUUGAACAGGGCAUUUGAAGCAUGUGUGAGGUCAUCACGCGGCGCGAACGGCGUCCCAUUUGGCACGAAAUGCUAAGCGUGCUUCAAAUUCGGUCUCAAAACGAGAAAGCAAGAUGGCCGCCACCACAAUGUCUCCACUCACCUCUCCACACAGGUGCGAUGGCUGCCUUGAGAAAUCACGGUCCAUAGCACAACUCGAGCGCCGUAUCUCCGACCUUCACUGGAUCCGGAAUGAAGAAAAGCUCUUGGACUCAGUGAUCACGUUUGGCGCCGGUCCGCCUGUUAAGUCUGAGCUAGACUCCACCAUCCCGGUCUGGGAUGCUGGCUCGCCGGCCGCCUCCGUCUGUCAGCCUUCCCCUGGCCCCGGGGAUACUCCAGCCUCAAUCGGACCGGCGGCCUGGGGCCCACCACAUCUCCAACCCGAUGACCGCUGGCUACUGCUGGGUGCAAAGCCCAAACGCGUGCCUGCUGCUGCUCUAGACUUUACACCACACCCGAGGAACAGAGUGCGUAGUUUCACCCCGCAACAGGUGCCCUGGUCCUCCGUUCCAGCGAGGAAGGCCGGCGGGACCAGUCCACAACUCCCCGGUGAGCUCCAGCUGUCCAACCGCUACGAGGUCCUGAGCCUGGAGGAUUUCCCCCCGCUGACCAGAGAGCCGGCGGCUGUCUCUGAGCGGGCCGCUGUUUCCACCGGGGCGGUGUCUGGCGGCGCUCCAUCCACCGAGGCCCGAGCAGGUGUCUCCUCGCCGGCAACCUCCAACCACUCGAAGCGCCGCAGCAACAUCUGGAGGGAACCCCGUCCCAGCCCGAUGGGAUCAAGGUAACACCAGCACCUCCACGUCCUCUUUUCCCCCACACCACCUUAAUUGCGGGUGACUCCACAAUUAAGCAUGUCCGCUUUUUUAACGCUGUCACUCGCUGCCUCCCAGGUGCUACUGUACCGGUCAUUUUAAACGAACUCCCGGGGCUCUUGUGCUCCCUGCCCGGUACAGUCAGCAAGGUUGUUGUCCAUGUAGGAUGCAAUGACACUGCUCGCAAGCAGUCCGAGCUCUUAAAAAUUGAUUUUAGAGACCUGCUCAGGCUCCUGCGCACCACGGGGAAGGCCGUCUUCAUCUCCGGCCCAAUCCCGACACUGGCCCGGGGAGCAGAGCGGUUCAGCCGUCUGCUCAGCCUCAACACCUGGCUGCUUUCCGCCUGCAGAGACUAUGAGGUUGGUUUUAUUGACAAUUUUAAUCUAUUUUGGAAUCGCUACUCUGCAUACAUGCCAGACGGAGUGCACCCAAACAAAUUAGGCAGCACCAUGCUCGCUGCUAAUUUGCAGCACUCGGUGCAAUCUGCCACACGUGAUUGACUAUUGUUUACCCCACACACCCCCUUCCACACCUCUUCACCUUCACCUUCCGCGGCAGCACCCAGUGCUACUUCACUCAACACUGCCCCCUAUGGACCUACUGUUCACAUCCACGACCACACUGUUCAAUAUCCCAUCCCAGUACACAUCAGUUCACGUCAUCACUCCCAUAAAUACAAGCCCGCCUCUGCGGGUCCACGGCCCCGGGUGGCUCAAAGGGACUGCUCGGGGCCCCGGACUUGCGGCAACAGCGGGGUGCGCUCAUCCGGUGUAUUCUCCCAGGUAAACCCCACAACCUGCCUUUUAGAUCCAAUUCCCACAUCACUUUUAAAGACAUUUUAUGAAUUCUUCGAGGAACAGAUUUUAAAUAUAGUGAAUUGCUCUCUUCAGACGGGUGUCUUCCCCACUGCCUAUAAAAUGGCGGUGGUGAAGCCCCUUCUGAACAAGAGCAAUCUAGACCAUAAUGUUUUUAACAACUACAGGCCUGUAUCUAAUCUACCAUUUUUAAGUAAAAUCUUAGAAAAUGUAGUUUUUAACCAAGUGAAUUAUUUUUUAACUAAAAACAAUAUUUCUGAGAAAUUUCAAUCUGGCUUUAGGAUGAACCACAGCACCGAGACGGCUCUUUUGAAGAUUUUAAAUGACACCAGAUGUAAUUUAGAUACCAAAAAACUAACAGUCUUGGUCUUACUGGAUCUUAGUGCUGCUUUUGAUACCGUAGACCAUCACAUUUUACUAAACAGACUGAAGCAUUUGGUUGGCCUCUCUGGUACCGUUUUUAAGUGGUUCCACUUCUAUCUCAUGGAUCGAUCUUUCUUUGUAAAUAUGGAUACAUGCUCCUCCAGAACUCAUAAAAUUAAGUGUGGGGUCCCCCAAGGGUCAAUUUUA